ACACCGGGGGACACAAAUACACCAGUGUAAAUAUACCCUUAGGGUUUACACCAGUGUAUUGCAUUUCUUUAUUAGAACGGCCUAAACACACAUUUAAAUUUACGAACACAAACAUAACUUAUACAUCUUUAGACUUCCACCAUCUUUCAAACAUCUGAUUUAAGCCUUGUACAAGUUCAAGUACUGUAAGACCCCAAAAUGUCAUGCGAUAAUUUAGCAGAAGGGAUAGAGGAGUUAGAACCAUCAGAACUGGGAACUAAGGAGUACUGGGAGAAGAGUUACCAGCUGGAGCUCAACAAUUUCUCCGACCACGGGGACGUUGGGGAGGUGUGGUUCGGAGAGGAGGCCGGGAUGAGAAUGAUUAGUUGGUUGGUUAAAAAUCCUGAUCUUGUGGCUCCGACAGAUAGUAUCCUUGACAGUGGUACAGGGAACGGAAUGCUUUGUGUUGAUAUGGCGAGGGAAGGGUUCUCAAAUAUUACUGGUGUUGAUUAUUGUCAAGAAGCUAUUGAUCUCGCAGAUAAGGUUGCUAAGGAGUCUGGGGUCGAAGUUAAAUUUGAAGUUGGAAAUAUACUACACAUGGAUUCUGCAGCACUAAAAGCAAAAUAUAAAGUUGUCACUGAUAAGGGCACAUUUGAUGCUAUAAGUUUGGGAGGCAGUGCAAAGGAGGACAAAGAAACAUACCUGAGAAACACAUUUAAUCUUCUGGAAGAGUCCGGAAUAUUUUUAAUAACGUCCUGUAACUGGACUAAAGACGAGUUAAUCAAACAGUUUGAGGAGUACUUUCACCCUCAUCAUGUCAUUCCAACCCCGGUGUUCAGUUUUGGCGGAAAAACCGGGAACAUGGUCUCCAGUGUUGUGUUCAAAAAGAGAAAAUCGUGAUUUUUUUCAGA